GCCCCCCUUCGCUCGGCGGCCCAUCCAUCCGUCCAUGUCCAAGCUGCCGCUGCGGCUCACCUCCGUCGCCGACGCCGCGCCCUCUCACGGAGCUUCUGGUCGAGUCUCACCUACAUGCCGCCGCCGGCGCCGCUCGCGGGGGCCUUGCCCCUUCCCCGCCCCCUCCCGCCCUCCUCUUCCCUCUCCUCCAUCUUCAUGAUCCUCGGUCCCUCUGCCGCUGCCGCCGUCGUGCCAGCAUCUGCAGCCCUGUCCCGGCGCGCGGCCUCCUCUUUGGCCACUACCACCUUCACCUGCAGUAGCAGCGGCCGCAGCAGCAGUUCCUCGUCGCCGCCAACCCUCCUCCGCCUCGCCUCACGCCGAAGCCGCAGCCGCCGCGACGUAUCGUCCACCUUGGCUGCAUGCUCGUGCGCGCGCCGUGUGCCUUCAAGGAUGCUCUCCACCCUCCCGCGGCUGCCCAUCUUCGAGGCCGUCGCCCGCCAUGACCCGCGAUCCACCGCCGUCGUACAUUCCCUCUCCGGCCGGGCUUUCACCUAUGGCGAGCUCCUCGCCGACGUGAGCCGUGCCCGGGACCGCCUCCAUGAUGCUCGCCCCGCCGGUGCUGGGCUGGACGGCGAACGCGUCGCCUUUCUAGUCGAGAACAGCUACGACUACGUUGUGACGCUUCUGGCUUGCCUGGCAGCCCGCGCCAUAGCCGUGCCUCUCUCCCCAGCCUUCCCGGCCCCCGAAUUGCAGUACAUCCUCGACCAUAGCGAGGCCUGCCUGCUCGUCUCGUCGCCGCGCUUCACCCCCAAAGCCAACGAGGUGCUCGCCACGGGGCUCGCCUCCCCUCCCGCGCACGUCGAGCUGCCCAAGCACCUCGGCGUUGGCAGCGCCGCCCCCGAGACCGUGCCCCUCGACGACACGGACCCGGCCGGCGCGGGGCUGAUGUUGUAUACUUCGGGGACGACCAACCGUCCUAAAGGCGUCCUCCUCCCGCAGGCCGUCCUCACUGCCCAAUCACGCUCUCUAAUUGAGGCAUGGAAUUACACGCCCGCGGACCGCCUGCUCCAUGUCCUCCCCCUGCAUCACAUCCACGGCACCGUCAACGCCCUGUUGACGCCCCUUCUUGCCGGCUCCUCCAUUGAGUUCAUGUUCCCCUUCAAUGCCGACGCCGUCUGGCGCCGCCUCGCCGCACCCUUUCUCCCUGCUACCGACGGCACCACACCCGCGUCCAUUUCGUCAAACGGUACCCUCACCAACGGCACCUCUUCUGCUGCCGCGAAUUCUCAUCCCCCCACAGUCAACGGCACCACGGCGUCGACGAAAUCCCCCACAACGAAUGGAGCGACUCCCGCCCCCCCUGCCCCCAUCUCCUUCUUCACGGUCGUGCCCACCGUCUACAGCCGCCUCCUCGCCAGCCACAAGCACCUCCCGCCCGCCGUCCAGCUCGCCGCCCGCGACGCCGUCUCGCCCGCACACAUGCGCCUCGCCAUCUCCGGCUCCGCCGCGCUCCCCACCCCCGUCAAGGCCGCCUGGCGCGACCUCAGCCGCGGCAAUGUCCUCCUCGAGCGCUACGGCAUGACCGAGGUCGGCAUGGCCCUUAGCUGCGGCCUCGCCUUUGCCGACCGCGUCGACGCCUCCGUCGGCUGGCCCCUUCCCUCGGUCCAGGCCCGCCUCGUCGACGUCGACACCGGCGAGGUCAUCCCCGAGGGCAAGGACGUCGACCCCCUCACCGGCCGUGAGCGCGCUGGCGAGAUCCAGCUCCGUGGGCCGACAGUCUUUCAGGAGUACUGGCGCAACCCCGACGCCACGGCCAAGGAGUUCGUCCUCGACUCCACUAGCGACGGCGACGAUGGGGCCCGCCCCUGGUUCAAGACGGGCGACGUCGCCGUCCGCCGCCCCGUGCCCUCGGCGGGCCACGCCCCCGACCAGCCCUGGGCCCGUGGCCCCAUGUACUUUAUCCUCGGCCGCCGCACCGCGGACAUCAUCAAGACGGGCGGCGAAAAGGUUUCGGCCCUCGAGGUCGAGCGCGAGCUGCUCUCCCUGCCCGAGGUCGCCGAGGCUGCCGUCGUCGCCGUCCCCAGUGGUAACUGGGGCCAAAAGGUCGGCGCAGUCAUCAUCCUCGACGGCGAUGUAGUCGGCAAGUGGUCGCCUCUCGACAUGCGUCGCGCCCUCAAGCCCCGCCUCGCCAACUACAAGAUCCCCCAAGUCAUGAAGGUCGUCGACCACAUCCCCCGCAACGCCAUGGGCAAGAUCAACAAAAAACAGCUCGUCAAGGCCAUCUUCGCCGACGAGACCAGCGGGGACGAGAUGUGAUGAAGCAUAGAAAUGUACAACACGACAGCAAUUCAGCAAUAGACGUAGCGUUAGUGCGGCCAAGUAGAUCUAUUCUAUGGCCUAGCUCGGCGUCCGCCACCAAAAACAUGCAAUAGCUUCCUAG